CUAAGCUCCAAAUAUUUCAGAGGCAGAACACUUAUGCUGUCGCUUUCUUCCUUUUUCAGUAUUAUUUUUUGAGCGUUAGAAGCUUUCGAGCUUGCAGUGCACGCCUGAGACCUCGCAGAACUUUCCGAAUGAGAUCCCCGUUUCCCGCUGUAUCCGUUUCCAGCCCCUGCCUGGGGACUGAAACAGAGCACGGGGGAAACGUCGAGGGGAAUCCUCUGUCGCCCGCUCCGGGUGCCGCCGGCACGGGCUCCACUCCACGGGCAGCCUCGGGAAAACCCUUUGGCCGACCGUUUUCCUGAGAACUGAAUUCCUACAAAGAUGUUGUUGGUUCUGCUCUGACCUAUGAUAGUAUCUCGGAAGAGUAUGAAUGUUUCAGCGAGCUGCCUCUUCAAUGGUUCCUCGUUAGCCUCUGAGGUGCACGCUGCUGCUGUUAACGGAGAUAAGAGCGCCCUCCAAAAGCUAAUAGCAGGAAACUCUGAGCUGAAAGAUAAGGAGGACCAGUUUGGAAGAACUCCGCUUAUGUACUGCGUGCUGGCCGACCGGCUGGACUGCGCCGAGGCCUUGCUGAAGGCAGGAGCAGAUGUUAACAGGGCUGAUCGCAGCCAAAGGACUGCUCUCCAUCUUGCUGCACAAAAGGGAAAUUACCGCUUCAUGAAACUCCUGCUGGCUCGUAAAGGGAACUGGAUGCAGAAAGACUUAGAGGAUAUGACACCAUUGCAUUUAGCUACGCGUCACAAAAGCCCCAAAUGUUUAGCUUUGCUGCUGAAACAUAUGGCACCUGGAGAAGUGGAUACACAGGACAGAAAUAAGCAAACUGCGUUGCAUUGGAGUGCCUACUACAAUAACCCAGAGCACGUGAAGCUUCUCAUAAAGCAUGAUUCAAAUAUUGGAAUCCCUGAUAUCGAAGGAAAAAUCCCACUUCACUGGGCAGCUAACAACAAGGACCCUAGUGCAAUUCAUACUGUGAAAUGUAUUCUGGAAGCUGCACCUACAGAAUCUCUGCUUAACUGGCAAGACUAUGAAGGCCGAACUCCCCUUCACUUUGCUGUUGCUGAUGGGAACGUAGCUGUCGUGGAUGUCCUGACCUCGUACGAAGGCUGCAAUGUGACAUCUUAUGACAACUUGUUCCGAACUCCUCUUCACUGGGCAGCCUUGCUUGGUCAUGCACAGAUUGUACAUCUUUUACUAGAGAGAAACAAGUUUGGAACUAUCCCAUCUGACAGUCAAGGUGCAACUCCGCUACAUUACGCAGCACAAAGCAAUUUUGCUGAAACAGUGGAAGUAUUUUUGAAACAUCCUUCUGUAAAAGAUGACUCAGAUCUUGAAGGAAGAACGUCCUUCAUGUGGGCAGCUGGGAAAGGCAGCGAUGAUGUCAUUAGGACUAUGCUGAAUCUGAAAUUAGAUAUUGAUAUCAAUAUGACAGACAAGUACGCUGGCACAGCAUUACACGCUGCUGCACUUUCUGGCCAUGUCAACACAGUGAAAUUGCUGUUGGAGCACAACGCACAGGUCGAUGCUUUGGAUGUCAUGAAACACACUCCGCUUUUCCGAGCCUGUGAGAUGGGACACAAGGAUGUAAUCCAAACACUCAUUAAAGGAGGAGCAAGAGUAGAUUUAGUUGACCAAGAUGGCCAUUCGCCCCUUCACUGGGCAGCCCUGGGAGGAAAUGCUGAUGUGUGCCAGAUCUUGAUAGAAAAUAAAAUCAACCCUAAUGUGCAGGAUUAUGCAGGUAGAACCCCUCUGCAGUGUGCUGCAUACGGAGGUUAUAUUAACUGCAUGGUAGUGCUACUGGAAAACAACGCAGAUCCAAAUAUUCAAGAUAAAGAGGGAAGAACUGCUCUGCACUGGUUGUGUAACAACGGCUACCUUGAUGCCAUAAAGUUGCUGCUCGGUUUUGAUGCGUUCCCCAAUCAUAUGGAGAACAGCGAGGAGAGAUAUACUCCCCUUGACUACGCCUUGCUUGGUGAGCACCAUGAGGUGAUCCAGUUCCUGUUAGAACACGGGGCUCUGUCCAUAGCUGCCAUACAGGACAUUGCGGCCUUCAAAAUUCAGGCUAUCUACAAAGGAUACAAAGUUAGGAAAGCUUUUCAAGAGAGGAAGAAUCUUUUAAUGAAACACGAACAGCUGAGAAAAGAUGCAGCUGCCAAGUAA